GGCGCUCUACUCCGCGCCCGCCCGCCCGCCCGCCUCGCACGCACCGGCCUCGACUCCCCGCGCCCGCCGCCCAGCGAAGCCGCGCUGGGCUCGGAGCUGCUCAUGGAGAAAGUGCCAGGCGACAUGGAGAUAGAGCGCAGGGAGAGGAGCGAGGAGCUGUCCGAGGCGGAGAGGAAGGCGGUGCAGGCUACGUGGGCCCGGCUGUAUGCCAACUGCGAGGAUGUGGGGGUGGCCAUCCUGGUGAGGUUCUUUGUGAACUUCCCUUCAGCCAAGCAGUACUUCAGCCAGUUUAGACAUAUGGAGGAUCCCUUGGAGAUGGAGAGGAGCCCCCAGCUGCGGAAGCAUGCCUGUCGGGUCAUGGGAGCCCUCAACACUGUCGUGGAAAACCUUCAUGACCCCGACAAGGUGUCCUCAGUUCUUGCCCUGGUUGGCAAGGCCCACGCCCUCAAGCACAAAGUGGAACCCGUGUACUUCAAGAUUCUCUCUGGGGUCAUUCUGGAGGUGAUCGCCGAGGAGUUUGCCAAUGACUUCCCUCCUGAGACGCAGAGAGCCUGGGCCAAGCUGCGUGGUCUCAUCUACAGCCAUGUGACCGCUGCCUACAAGGAAGUGGGCUGGGUACAGCAGGUCCCCAACACCACCACCCCACCGACCACGCUCCCCUCUUCAGGGCCGUAGGCCCCUUCCCAGCUCCCCCGUCCCUGGCAGCACUUUGGGCAGAAGGCUGAGUUCUGAAGAUGCUCCUUGACCUUCUUCCAUUUCUGGGCACCAAGGAAGCUGGAGGAAUCCCCGGACUCAACUUCCCGAAAGGAGGCCUUCAUUGUGGCUGUGGUCCCCCAGGCUGCUGGGAGGUGGGGCUGGCUACCCGGAUGUUGAACUUAGCGUGGGGAUCCUUCUGCCUCACAGCAGAGGGCACACUCUUCUUGGCUUUUCUACUUACUGUUAGAGAGAGACCCGGCAAGUGGCCGGUGGAAAGCAAGGGCCAGCCAAUGGGUCACCUCGGAAAGGAACCAGCCCGCAUCCGUUCUGCCCGCCAGCAUGCAGGUUCUCCUUACCAUCUCUAGAGUAUCACGCACACAGGUCUACCAUAUACACAGAUAUAUUCUAUAUAUGAUCUCUAUAUAAAUAUAUAUAUACACACACGUACAUAUCUAUCGCGUGGACCUGCAGGCCCAGCUGUGGGAGGCCAGGAAGGGUCCUGGUCGCGCUUCUGGGCUGCUCUACAGGGAGCAGGGAGAAAUCCUAGAACAACACAAGAGGGCGGAGCCGGCUGGGAGAGUUGGGGCCACUCAGCUUGCCCCCACAGCUCAGUGCUCUGUAUUCAUGCACCCCACCCCCAAAAAGAGAAAAGCUGGUUUGCCAGAUGUACUGGAGCAUGCCUGUGAUCUCAGAGCGUGGGAGACAGAGGAAGGAGAGUGAGGUCAGGUGGUGUACACCUGGUCUCUGUGGAGGUGAGUUUCAAGCUAGCUAGGGCUACACAGGAAGACCCUGUCUCAAACAAACAAACAACAACAAAAACAUGAAGAUCUGGUUCCUCGGCCCUCCCUUGCCCUCCCCUUCCCUUCCCUUCUCUCCCUAAGGGUUUAGCUGACUUGCCCUAGGAAGGGCAAAGACCAGGGCAUACCAAGAGUUCAGAAGAUCCCAGUGGGGUGUUGGCCAGUGUACUCGUGGGUUGGAGAGUAAGGGUGGGUGAGGGGCAGCCUUAGUGAAGAGUCCUGGAAUGUUAGCCUCACCUGCUCACUUCAGACAGCAGACAGACCCCAGGGCCAGGGGCCACCCUCACACCCCUCAGAGGAGACCCAGGGCCUCUCUCCCUCCUCCUCCUGGCCACUGGCCAGUCCUCUCCACCUAGUCUCCUUAACAUUGCUGGGGACCCCGUGUAUACCCCUUGUACUGUCCUGAAGGAUGUCUCGCUGCUGCGGCUACUGAGCCUGCAUCUCCUCCGGUCCCAUCCCCACGCAGCCUUCCUGUAACCGCCUGUCUUUUUGUAGUUUCUGAUGUUUGUAACCAGACCCAGCUGUGCCAUUAAAAAGGUCUGUUCUUCCUGUA